UAUGUAUAUGUUAUGAAAAAAUAAAAAAUAAAAAUAAAAACCCAAAAAUGCAGACAAAGAAAUUAACAAACGGAAAGUGAAACAUGCUCUUCUCCAUGGCCAUCUAAUCAAGCUAUAAGGUUAAACCAUUUUGCAGUUUUGCUCGUUGUGUUAAAGUAACCCUAAGCCUUUCGCUUUCCAAUUUCAUUCCUCGACGGAAAAAAACAAAAAAUUUGAAGAAAAAUGGAUGCACAAGCGAGGAAAAAGUCGUUGUUUCGUGCCAAACUCAAUGCCCAGAAGAAGGACAAGCGUAUAGAUUCUCCACUUGUAAGGUAUAAUGAAUCUGAUCAGCCUGUAUGUAGGGUUUGUGAUGUUGUCAUGAAAUCUGAGUCUUACUGGGAUGCACAUCAGGCUUCUCGCAAACAUCAUGAGGCUAUCAGAAAUCUCAAAGCUAAUGCUGGAGUAUCUCAAGUUGAAAAUGCCAAACCUGAGCCCUCUGUGGAGUUGCCUAAACCAAAAUCGGAAGGUCCUGUUGAGUUGCAUAACCCAGGACCUCCAGGUUCUAGAGAAUUACCCAGAUCUCAGUUGUCUUCUGGGCUUCCUCCAGAUUUUUUUGAUAACAAUGACUCACAAAAGCCAAAAAGAAGAGCAGAGUCUGUCACAUUAGUUGAGCCUGAUAUAUCCAAGAAGUCUAGGGGUUCCACUCAAGUGAUGGAGCCAUUAAAUUUGGAGCAUGAGAAAUAUGGAUUGCCUAGUCAUAGUAUCGCACAAAGUGAAGCAUUUAAGCUAGACAAGCAGCAUUCACGGACAUCAACACAGAAUUCUGGUUCAGAAGCAAAGCAAGUAAAAGGAGCUCUUCCAGAAGGCUUCUUUGAUAACAAGGAGGAUGACUUGCGUGCACGAGGAAUAAAGCCUGUUAAGCCAGAUGUCAAAGAUGAGUACAAAGAAUUUGAGAAGCUGAUCCAAGAGGACUUGCAGGAGGUGGAUGAUCGUAUGGAAGAAGAGGAGUUUGAUGCUGCAGAAACGAUAGAAGAGGCUGAAUCUGUAGAGCAAAGGUCGUACAGAGGGAGAGUGGAAUUGUUGAGGAAGAAGAAAAUGGAGUUGAAGGCUGCUAGGUCAUUCAAGCAGAGUGGAGAUUCGAAGGUUGUCAGGAACAGAACCAGCACUCAAGAGUCAUCCAGUGAUGAUGAUAGUGAUGAGAAUUUUGCCGUUGAUUGGCGAGCUCAACAUCUGUGAACACUUCAAAGUUGUUAUUCUAGAUGAUGUGAUCUUUAUAUGUUCAAAUCAUAAAGCAUGAGGUGCACCGUGUAAAUCCAUUCCAAUCUUACCGCAAUUUUGUGUUUUUUGCAUUCACUAAGGUAGUAGAAAUACUGCAUCAGUGCGGUUUAUGUAAUAGAAAAUUAGGACUGGCUGUGGGAUUUGUUAGCAGUUAAAAACAACAGAUAAUGCCUGCUAGAAAAACCAGUUGCCCUGCCCUAUUUAUACCAUUUGCCAGAUAUAACCAGAUCUACUUCCUUAUAUUUUUUGGUUUCUGAGAUAGGUUUAUACUUGAUUUUUGUAUAAGUAUGCUGGUAUACAAAAUGGUUAAUUUACUGGAA